AUAUUUCGUUAAUAGUUUAAAAGUUGUUAACGGUUUUUUAGUUUCUUUCGAUCUUCGGUUUUUUUCUCUCAUAUGUUUUGAGCAUUCGAUUAACUCAUGGCUGAUGACAAAAAGCAACAGAAGUCAAAGCACCCUCGCAAAUCUCCUCUGGGCCUCUCGCCCAAGGACUUGGCUAGCAGUAUACCCAUGCUCUUUUGGAAGCUGGGCGUCGCUCUCGGCUGCAAGCGAGCCAAGGUGGAGUAUGGCAGAGCGUUCGUCAAACCGGAAACUCAGAUGAAAAUUAAACUGAACGAUUUUCGGCAACGCUUCAAGCAAUUGCAGUCAACGACAGAUUUGCAGGAGCAGUGUCUUCAAGAGCACCGUUAUAAGCUCUUCUUGCAUCUGUAUCGGCUACUCUUACGACUCGAGCCAAGCGAAACGAAACGCCAACAAUAUCUCGCAUUUUGCUACCACCUGUUCGAUGAGGAGAACCCACAGAAAAUGCAGCUAGAGGGCAAGCUGAGGUAUCAGGAAGACUUUACCGAGAACCUCAUUUGCUUGGCCCAAAGCGUGCUGCACUUGAACGAGAAGGAAUUGGAGAUCAGUUCGUCAAAAGGGCGAACUGGUGUAGUUCUUGAAAUGGGUUUCCUCUAUGUUAUGUGUAAGCCUGUCAUAGUCCGUUGUCAGUUCAAAGGUUUGCGCUGGGAGCGAGCAAUCUGUAAGGCAAACUAUGUUGGAAUGAAUCGAAGUGCUAUCAAUGAACAGAAGCUGAUCAGAGAUAAAGAAUUAAAGAUCAUUUAUAUGGCGCACCCGAAGAGUCCAGAGCAACCUUUUCCGAUGAGCUCCGAUGUGAUGCUCUGCGAGGAUAUCGAGAGCCAGAUGAGACCAUAUGCUCAUUCACGGCAACCAAAAACUGCUGAAAAGAAUAGAAAUCCUUUGAGCUUUCUCCGAGAGACCUGUGAGGUGGGCACUCAGUUUAUGGCCACUGUUUCAGCCGUGGAGCUAUAUAAGAACAGCAAGAGCGUCUGCGAGACUUCGGAUGUGAGCAGUCAGUUUGCGGAGCCCCUGGAAACUGUUGAGCUAUAUGCGAAUUCUCAGAGUAUCAAGGAAACAUCUGAGCUGGGCAUAGAUCUAUGUGUAUAUCUGCAUUCGGACAAGUCUCAGCAAACGGACACUUCGACCACGCAGCUGGAUCAAGGCGUACAAACGUAUCGAACCGAACCAAGUGCAGAUAUUUCCACAACUACCGAUGACUUGCUUACGGGGCUAUCGAAGGAUACGACAAGUACGGAUAAGGCAGCAAGCACGACUGCAAGUGAAGGCAAGAUCAAUGGAUUGAUUAAGCAACAAGGAUCGACAGAGACAGAUGACUUAAGCACUCUACUCGAUUCCACGCUGUACCCAUCGUCGCUGAAUGAAAUGCGAUUGAAUUUCAUAUUGACAACAUCGGAAGAGCUGCUGCCAGAUAUCGUUUACACCUCAAUUCAGGAGGAGCAAGCGACCAACGAUAGUUUGAUAGUGCUGCACAAAUCGUUAAAUUCAAUAUCGACACUGCCCCCAGAUAAUUUGGCAUCCACCAGCGAGGAAUUCAAAGAUUGGAUCUACACGGCGUCCGAGGAAAUGUUGCCAAAAAUCAAUCAGCCAAUCAUACAGCAAGAGCUUGCGCCGAGCAUGACGAUAAUACAGAGCGGUUUCAUUACUUCAGAGCCCACCUACAGUGGGGAGUCACCCACUAGGGAAGCAAUUGAAGUUGCCACACAAGAUACUAAUACGCCGCCAAUAGAUACGUCGGACUCACAACACAAGCAAGAAGUAUUAUCCGAAGGACCAAAACAAGAGCAAUUAAGUUUGCAUGAAAUACCGCCUCCUCCUAAUUUCAAAAGUGGUUUCUACUUGAAGCAAAUAUCCAAGGAAAGCAGUUGGCAAUACAAACAGCUGCCAAAUAUCGAGCAAUCGAUAGUUUUCCCAGAAAUCGAUCAGUCAUUUGUAAAUGAUAAAUGUAGUUCUAAAGAAAUAUGUAUCGAUAAGUCACCAGAGCUCGAUACAUCUAUGUCAGCUAAGCUCUUGGACGAUAAUCAAUCGAUAGCCGAUCAAGAAACAACGUGUGCAACCGAUUACUCAAAGGAAGCGAGUGGAGAGCUUCAACAGGAGAGUCAUUCGGCGUCUGACCAAGAAUCAUCUUCAAUGGAUUCCUCAAAGGUAGUGAUUGGGGAGCUUCAGUCAGAAGAUCAAGCAAUGAUACUAACGCCCAAACAGUCUCUAUUUGUGAUAGAGUCCGAGGAUGUUUGUGAAGAAACGGAUCCCUCAGUAUUGGGUAAUGGGAAUGAUUUAAGAGCGGAGAACGAAUCGAACUCUGAACAAAAAUUGGCCCCUCUUACCGAUACUUUAGGCAUGCUAGUGCUAACCACUGAAAUGCUUGCUAAGAUUCAUAGUCAGCUGGCUCAGCUAAAAAUGGUGCCGAAUCCAUCGAUAAAAAAAGACAGUUUGAAAAAUAUCGAUUGUGACCAAUGGAAACAUCAACAGGAAACUGAGAAAUCCAUUGAAACACCACCAGAGUCGAUACCAGAGUCAUCUCUUCUAGACGAAACAAUUAAAAAUGCAGAUAGUCGUACGCAGCUACAGCAGCUCAUGGAUCACUUUCCACAGAUUGCAGAAAUACCAACUGAAAGUCCAUCGGUAGCUACCGAGGACUCUUCGGCUGCCCCAAUGAUGUGUCAAUUGAAAACUAAGGAAGAAUCUGAGACAAGUUUGCUCGAAAUCGAUUUGUCGAUAAAUCAUCAAGAUUGUUUACCUGAUAGCCCUAAGAUUUCACAACUAGAUGACUUUAAAGAUUCUGAAGAGGAAAUGUUUCUACAACUUGAACGUGGAUCCAAGACGUCUCUGCCGACAGAUCAGCUGGAAUCGGUGAGAACAGAAGCUCGAUCGAUAUCUUCCGAAAAUUUUCUGUCCCCUCUAGUCUAUGAAAGAAAAUUCACUCACGAUGUUGAACCGGUUCGACGAGAUCAACACUAUUUGGUGCCUCAUAGACUGAUAAGUGAGGCAACCUCCGUCUUUGCUGAACACUCCUUAUCUAAGACAUCCAGGUGGCUGAUGCAAGUGGAAGCUGAAGCAGAAUACAAAGAUCCUGUGCCGGAAGUCAAAAAGCCCGAUUACCCAUCGUUAGAUUGGUCGCAGGAAUCGGAGCCAUUGACUGAUACACACAGUGUAAUAAUUACAAAAAUUAGGAAUUUUAUAAAAAUGUUACAGCCAACCAAUCAGGCGCAAUUGGCAGCCAAUAGAACGAUCAAAGAUCAGGCUCGCGUGGAUAAUCAACUAGAGAUUAAAGAAGAAGCUGUGAAUCUCUCGAUAGAGAUCGAGCAGUCCUUAAGCCAACAAAAGCUCAAACUUGAUAAUCAAUCGAUAUCGAAACACGAUAUGAUAAUGUGCAAAGUUUCUGCAAAUGCGAUCAAUCAAGAUGCUGAUAGGCUAAGAGGGAUGGACAUAAAUGAGGGAGUGUCGCCAUUCGAUCAAUCGAUAACACCGACAGCUAUAGCUUUACCAGCCAAGUGGCAGCACCAGCGCCAUGUCAUAGCCGCCUCUCCCUUCAUCAUCAAGCAAUUCAAGUGCAAUCCCUCGUAUCAAUGCUCGCCCCUGCAGCCCGACGGGCCCAAUUUCUACGAGCAGUGGAAGCAGUUCGUCGAGAUCGUGGCCACACAGACGAGUUGCCCCGGUCCGAUCAUAGAUGUCGCUGCAAUCAAGCGCCGGCUCAAGGCCUACCUGCGGUGCAUGCGAAAGCAAUACGCCUACCAGCCGGACGAGUGCUUGGAGGCGAUUGGCAAGUGCCAGCUGCAGCAGCUGCUUACGUCCGACGAGCUGCAACAAUACGAGACUCUGCGCUGGCAGCAGCGCGAUCGCGGCAUGGUCGUCCGGCUGUCGCCCGAGGAGCGACUGGGCGAUGCUUUGCACGCGCUGCUCGGUUACGAGUGCCAGCAGAUGCGCGUCUCGGCGCUGAGUCGACGGCUCAUGCUGCGCUCGCCGCAUCACCAGAGCAGCAUCAGCGAGUCCUAUGUGCUGCUCGCCCUGGCCGAGGUGGGCUACUACUACAAGUGCCUGCAGCAGCAGCAGGAGGUUCUGCUGCAGCGACUGGGCGAGUACGGACGGGCGCUGGCUCCUUGUCUGAUGGCCGAGCUGCAGGCGUAUUCCCGAUUCUACCAGCGGCACAAGGAGCAGCUGACCAGCCUCACUCAGGUGUACCAUCAGUCGCGCAGCUACGUCCAUCGUUUCCAGUGGCUGCUACAGCUGUGCGGCGAGCUGAGCCACCAGCCGUCCCCGCUGCAGUAUCUGCAGCUGCAAUUGGGCCUGGGCAACGCUGGCUACGAUGAGCUGCUCAAGCAGUGGAUGGAAUGCGCCGCCGAGCCACUGCUGAAAAGGAUUCGCGGCUGGCUGCAGCAGGGCGAGCUGCUCGAGGGCGACUUCUUCAUUGUGGAGCACGCUGCUGGCAGUCAGAUCCAGAACUAUUGGCUGCAGCAGUUUGAGCUGCGGCCGGAGCGAUUGCCGCACUUCCUCAAUCCACAUCUGGCGCGACAGCUGCUCGCAACGGGCCGGAACCAGCACUUUUCCCGGCACUUUUUGGCCCGGCAACUGGAGCUGGUGGUGCAGGAGUUGGAGCUGGAGCAGCAGCUGGCGUCGGCCUGCCACAGCAGCUUCCGGGAGCUGGACGAGCAGCCGCUGGUCGAGCUAAUUGGCACACUGCAGCUGGACACAUCGCGGCAGCUGUUCGAGCAGCUGCAUCAGCUGCGACCCAAUCCCCUGGAGCUAUUGAGUCGGCUACAUCAAUAUCUGCUGCUCACCGAUGUGGAGUUCGUGCGCGAGAUGAUUGAGCUGCUGGAGCCGUUGCUGGAGCAGCCGGCCGAAUGCUAUUGUGCCACACAGCUCAACAACAGGCUGGAGCAGCUGCUGGUCGCCCACAACAAGCCGCUCUAUGUGGCCAGGGGGGAGCAGCAGGGCAGCCGCUGCUGGUGCUGCUUCCUGCUGCGCUGGCAGCAGCCGAGCCACUGGAAGACGUUGCUCGGCGAACGGCUCGUUCAGUAUGAAUCGUGCUUUGUCUGCCUCUGGCAGCUGCACUAUUCGGACUAUGUGCUCAACGAGCGGAUCCGGCGGCAGCAAGCGCAUUUCUCGGAGCGCGUCAAUCUGGAGCGCUUCCCGGAGGCGCGACAGGUGCGGGAUCAGUUCGAUCAGCUCAUCGAUCGGCUGCAGGACUUCAUGCUGCAGUUGCGCAGCUACAUGCUUGAGAAUAUACUGGACAGCGCCUUCGAGGAGCUCUACCUGGGCUGCAAUACGGUGAAGACUCUGGACGAACUGCUCCAGCUGCAGGGCUCGUAUAUGGAGAAAAUCCUGAAAGGACUGUGGCUAACCCGAGAUAACGCCAGGUUGCGUCUGCUUCUGAUGCAGCUGUAUGAGCCCAUCUUCCAGCUGGACGUUUUGCAGCAGAAGUUUCUGUCGCUCUGCCAGCGCUUCUCUGCGGACGAGAUGGCGCAGCGGCAGCAGGAGCUGCGCAGAUGCUGCCAGACAACCUGCGAUGCCAUACACGAUCUGGAGCAGGACUUUCAAUUGGCUCUGGCCAACCUCCUGCUGGCCCUCUACAAAACCAAUGAGCCGCAGGCGUGUGCCUUGGCCAAGAAACUGGACCACAGCGGGUUCUACGAGCAGCGCUAUAAAGAAUUGAAAAUCGUGCACACUUUUCGCUAUCAACGAAAGAUCCAAAUUCAAAAGAACUCUCAUUUGGCAAAUCUCUAAAAAAAAAUCGAAUCGAUGCGAA